GACCGUAUCCAGUUGGGAGUGCCUUUGGAAAACAAAGACACUGCUGAAUAUGAGUAUGAAGUAAUUAAAGAGGAGUGGGAGAAAAUCAGACCCUUUUUAGCCCAAAGGAAUGACCUGGGGAAAGCUAAGAGUUCAAGAACUAAACGUAAAUUUAGUUUGGAGGAAUUGGAGACAUCUGGAUCAGAAGGCCCUUCAAACUCCAGAUCCAAAAGAGACAGAGUGUCCUGUGACAAUGAACCUUUGGGUAAAUCAUGGGGAAGGGUAGAAGAGGCCAAACAGUUAACAGAGAGGAUGGAUGUCAAGCUGCCUUCUCCUGGACCAAGUGAGGAGGAUAGUAGUCCAGUGCGUAGUAGCCCUGUACACUCCAAGAAAGCCGUGCCUGUCCCCCAUAAGGACCAGAAAGGCUCUGGUCUUGCACAGUCAUGGACUGGCUUGGAAAUGCUGAGGAAAACUCUGGUAGAUAUAAUGAAGUUAAAGGUCAAAGUGCAGGAGAAGCAGGCAGCCGUUCUGAACGUGAAGCAGAAGCGCAGGAAGUGUGCUCAGAAGGAGAUCCUGGCAAUGGAGCAGGAGCUGCGGGAGUUGCAGGACCAGCUGUGCAUGGAACAAGAGCAUCAUCAGCAGCAGGUGGAAGAGCUGGAGAGGACAUUUUCUAAAGAGCAGCAGAAGCUAGAGGGAGUAAAGUGGCAACACGGGGAAGAGAAUCUGAAGGAGCAGUUGGCCCAGGUCCUGCAAGAGCAUCAUGCUUUGAUGGAAGAACUGAGCCGUAGUAAAAAAGAUUUUGAGGAGAUAAUUCGAGCUAAGAAUAAAGAACUGGAAGAAACCAAGGAGGAGAAGGAAAAGGUGAGAGCCCAAAAAGAAGAGGUGUUGAAUCAGAUGAAUGACGUGUUGGAGAAUGAGUUGCAGUGCACAAUCUGUUCUGAGUACUUUAUCGAGGCAGUCACUCUCAACUGCGCGCACAGCUUCUGCUCCUACUGUAUCAAUGAGUGGACGAAACGUAAAGUGGAGUGCCCUAUCUGCAGGCAAGAGAUCAAAUCAAAGACACGCUCUCUGGUGCUGGAUAACUGCAUUGACAGGAUGGUAGAAAAACUGGAUGUGGAAAUGAAAGAGCAUCGCCUGACCCUUAUCAGAGGGCGGAAAGGUGAGAGAGAAACAGAAUGUGUUGGUGAAACCAGCCACAGACAAUGACAGCAGUGUCAUUUCUUCCAUCUACUCCAUCUUGUCGAUGAGCAGUUGUGACAGUGAGGACUCUGAGGAGGAUUCUUACUAUAAUGAAAGCUACUACAUUAUCUAAACACUGUUACUGCAGACUCGUUUGCCUGUGUGCUGCCCAGAACCAUCCUAAUGGUGUUUGGUUGACUACUGCUGGAUGAGUGGACUGGACGUCUGGAAGGAGAGACUCUAUGAAGAGGCUGGAGCUGAGAACUAGCAGCAUUUGGAAGAAGGACCUUAUUUUUUAAAUGAAUGUACAGAAGCUUGAUCUCUAAAACAAAACUGGGAUUGUGAGAGAACAAACUGCCGUUAUGCUAGAUGGUUGACAUACAAAACCUAGGCUUCCAUGAUCGCUUGUGACCUGCUCGGUAUAAUGUAACAGUUUGUAUGUGUCACUGCCCUUUCCUUAGUGAAUGACAUGUUUAAAUGUGUAUAUCAGCUUCCCUUACUUCAAGCAGCAGAGGGAAUGGCCCAAGCUAUUUGAGAACUUGGCCAUCCCCACCAGCAGGCAGGAGAGGUAUAUCAGGAAAAAGUGCCAACAUGGGUUUUCCUCUUGAAUUUCAUAUGGCAGCUAGAGUCAUCCCAGGCCUCUGGCAGUGAAGGUAGCAAAGGGUGGGUUAUGGACCCUGUCAGCCUUAAGUGCUUAAAUGCAUUGUAAGCUGAGCUGCUGGCCAUCCAUUUGCUCUGUUGAUGUUCCUCAUUUUCUGUUAGAAUAGGGAUGGAGAAGAUUAAAUCUUCCAGAAUUUCUUAGCUAGUGCUCUUUUCAUAUAGUACCUUUGGUUUGUUCCCCCUUCAGGCUUUUGCGUAAAGGGUUUUAGAAUUGGGAAGCAGCGCAUCCAGAAGUUAUUAGCAAUGACUUCAGAAACACGUAUAGUUCUUGUCAGCAUCAGAGAGGAACCUCUGCCUCUUCAGAAGUGCUGCUAUCUGAAUUAGUGAAAUGUCCUGUUGGCAGGGUAGGAAAGCAGCAUCUGUGGCAACCACAAGGCACAGAAGGAAGCAUUUAGUUUUAUUGUUUACAGAACAUUGCUGUUGAGCCAUGGGUUGUACUACCCUCACAGCAAAUCACUCAUCCCUAAGAGACUGAGCAAGUCUUGCCUCAUCCUAUCAUGAAUUUGUCUAUGAAGUUCCAUUUUCAGUGGCAUAUGCUUUUGACUUAGCUGUUACGUGGAAAGGACUGUUCUACACUGUGAGAAGAGGAUGGGGGAAGCCCUUCUCAUCUAUAAUUUUUCUUUGGCUAUUUUUACGUCCUUUCUUGUUUCGAUGUUUAUUUUGUUUAAGAAGGAAAAUAUAAAUCCAUUUCUGCAUUAGUCUUCCUUGGUGCAACCACUGAGAUGAAUGUCUUUCUCCUAGUUGUCUUAGAUUUUUUGAGAAAACACAAGACUAUCUCAUUUUAAUGACUUUGCUUCAUGUUUGAUUGCUGUAAGCAGUGUUACUAUUUUAAAGUUAUUUGAGAGACUUGUGUAUGCAGGACUUGAUAAAAGACAACCCAACUCUUAAAGCCUGUGGCUACCCUAACGGUAAUUUAGUAGAUAGAAUCAUACCUCUUAUCUUCUUCCACUAGAGAAAGAUCCCAUUAAAAAGGUGCAUGAAUGAUGAUGUUGUCCUAAGGAAGUAGUGCGUUCUGACAGAUUUGAUUGGUAGGACUUAAACAGGGGAGGUAGGUCUGAUCUGUGGGCCAGGCAACUUUCUUAAAAUCUUAGUGUAAGGUUUUUUUUUUUUGUGAAGGAGUCAUUACAUCUUGAGUUGUCCUCUUUCCCUUUUAAUGUUCGUUUUCUGUAUGUGCUCUUGAAAGUUUCUUUUGUAAAUAUAUGCUCUCUAGGAUGUCUGAGAGAAGAGGGUUCCUCAAAACACUCGUGAAACAGGCUGACGUUGGAACAGGCAUUCCUCAUGAAGAGGAGUAGGAGGAAAAUACUCUGGUUACCUAGGACUGCAAAUUCUUCCACUGUGUAUCUCUUCCAUGUUGCUGUGCUGGUUUUUUUUGCUCAUUUCAUUUUGCUAAAUAUAUUUAUUUUGUUACGUUGGUGUUAAUGCAUAUUGCAGAGAAGGAUAAUGCUACUCCUAGUAACAGAGUAGUUCUUUGGUG